AAAUCAAAGCACAACACAAAACCAUGUCCGAACGAGUGUCGCAUGUUAUGCUCUCUUUUUAAGCACCUACGUAAAAACGGCACUCGUACGUAUGUUCGUCAUUUUUGUGUUCAAAAAUGCUUUUCAUCAGAAUAAAUGGAAAUUUUACGUGGUUUGCGAUAUGAUAAUGGUUAAAAAGUGUAUUUUUUGGUCCUUUAUCGAGUAAAUUACGUAUGAAAAGCGGGCCGAUGGAAAACUGGGCACAAGAACGGGCAGCCAUGUCAUUACGUCAUCAGACCGCACCACAGGGGCCUUUUACUUAAUGGCUAGAGCGCGGUAAACCAACCACAUUUGUAGUUCACGUAUAUUUUUUCUUUACUAAAUAUUUGCUCUUUUAACUUCUUGUUGUAUUGGGAAUAUUGUUUCCUGAUGGAGGAGGUCGACGUUGACCCGACAAUUACCAAUAUUCCCACAUCCAGUCAUGUGAAGAAUUUGGGUUUUGCUUGGGGACCAGGAGAUAUCCUCGUGUACGAGACGUUUUACAAACCAGGUGGUUCAGGGUCAAGCAAGACGUUCAUCCAUGAGGUCAGAAAGGACGAAGACAUCUCUUCCCCCAUUUUGCGCAAACUCUUCAAUGAGUCUCACCACAUUUUUGUUGGCCUGCAAACAAUCCGAGAGGAAAUCCACAACAAGAAGAAGAAGUCCCAAUUUGUCAGCAUCAGUAAAAAUUAUAGAUCUGUAAUACGGGCCAGUAUUGAAGAGCUUCAACAAGUUGCAGUUAAUACCAAAGACUCGGCAGUGUGCACCCAGUAUGGCAGUCAGGUAUCAAUCCUGUUGGCCAUAGAACUCAUCUGGAAUCUUUGCGAAGUACUCUUCAUUGAUGUUGGCUCCCUGUUGCUCCACCUGCUGGACUGGGUGAGAUUACAUAAGGGCGAUGUGGACGAGAAAGCAGCGCACAUGCUGCAAAGUGAAAGUCCCGCCGAGCACUGCGACUACUGGGACGUGGUGGUGAGCUACGUGUUGCAGGGCCGUUUGGAAGAAGUUAGACAGCUGCUGGCGAAGCAGGCUACCCUGCAGCCUGCUGCUAAGAACAUGUUUAAGCUAAUGGACAACCUGCUGAGCAAGAUGCCAGUCUAUAAUCCUGGCGGUACCCAAACGUCGACAGACUUUGACGUGAAAUGGCAACACUGGCACGAUGAAGUGGACUCCUGUGUCCAGGACAACUCUUUUGCCAGCAACCCACACCUGGAAGUCAUAUGCAAGAUCUUAGUGGGAGAUGAAGACACUAUGCUGGAACACAAAGAACUUCUGGGCACCUGGUACCACUUCCUGGUCACAAGACUGCUCUAUUGCCACCCCACAGUCAAAUCCACAGAGCUGCAUUUCUAUGCCCAGUCAUGCAUGUCCAUGUUUGUGGACCCCAGGAGUGUACCAGAAGCCCUGGACAGCAUCUUAUUAGCUGCUUUUGAGUUUGACAUCCAUCAGGUCAUCAAGGACUGCAGCAUUGCGCUCAACAACUGGUGGUUCGUGGCCCAUUUGACAGAUCUCCUCGAUCACUGCCAGCUCCUCCAAUCUCACAAUCUACAUUUUGGCUCCAACUUGAGAGAGUUUCUGCUAUUGGAAUAUGCGUCUGGACUCUUCACUCAUCACAGUCUGUGGCAGCUGGCUGUGGACUACUUUGACCACUGCCAAGAGUUUGGGCGUGUCUACCUGGAGCUGCAAAUGGAGCGCAUCCCCUUAGAAACGGAGCGGAAAGCCCUCAAGGUGCUUAGGAUUUGUGAGCAACGGCAGAUGUCAGAGCAAGUGAGAAGUAUUUGUAAGAUUAUGGCCAUGCGCGCUCUAAAGAACAACAGACUGGGUUCUGCCCUCUCCUGGAGCAUCCGAGCCAAAGAUGCUGCCUUCGCUACAUUAAUUUCAGAAAGGUUUUUACAGGAUUACUGUGCCAGAGGGACCUUUUCUGAUCUGGACCUCAUCGACAAUUUAGGGCCGGCUAUGCUGCUCAGUGACAGGCUCACUUUUCUCGGGAAGUACCGCGAGUUCCACAAAUUGUACGGAGAGAAGCGCUUGAGGGAGGCAGCGAAGCUUCUCCUCUCCUUGAUGACUGCUAAGAUCGCCCCCAGAAGCUUCUGGUUGACUCUACUGACUGAUGCGCUGCCUCUGCUCGAGUAUAAAGAGGUCAUCUUCACAUCAGAGCAAACCUACGAGCUCAUCUUCUGUUUGGAGCAACUCACCUCCUCAUCUUCCACCACUGCUUCAAGGACUGACACCCCCAUGCAGGAUGAAGACCUGGAGGCCAAAGUAGAGCUCUUGAGAUUUGCCCUGGCUAGGAACCUGGCCUUAGCCAUCAUCAAUGAGGGCACAGUAGAAGUGUGAACACACAGCAGCAACAAUGCUAUGUACUGUUUGUAUACAUUUCCAACUAAAAUCCUGUUUGAUAAUGAA